CCUACUUUCAGGCGCCUGCUGCCCCAGAGGCCCCAGAAGCUCCAACGUGGAGGACAUGGCCGCAGGCGUGAUCCAGACUCUCUGUGACUUCCAGCUGCCCCUGCCCUCCCUCCGGCCCUUCCUGCCCCCAGACCCAGAACCCCCGGACACUUCGGAGGAGGAGGAGGAGGAAGAAGAGGAGGAGGAGGAGGAGGAAGGGGAGGAAGACGAAGAGGAUCUGGAGGGUGAGGGGCCAGGGGCCCACAGCCCAGCCCCCCACAGCUCAGGUUGGGCCAUAGUUGCCCCGGAAGAGGCCUCUCCGGGUCCGAGCAGCCCCGAGAUGCCACUGCAGCUGCUGCGGUUCUCUGAGCUCAUCAGUGGCGACAUCCAGAGGUACUUUGGCCGAAAGGACGGGGGGCAGGACCCAGACGCCUGUGACAUCUACGCUGAUGGCCGCCCCGCCAGCAGCUCAGCCAGGGAGCUUUACUGCGCAGACCUGGUGCACCUGGCCCAGGGAGGGUCUCCCAAUGAUGACAAGGCUGCUGAGCCUGGGGCCCACUCUCCCAGGGGUCCCGAGGGGCGGGUGCAUGAGACAGGCCUUGGCGGAGAAAGGGUGCAGCCGCUGGGGCCCCUGGCCGAGUUGUUUGACUACGGACUACGGCAGUUCUCGGCGCCCAGGGUGUCAGCCAGCCACCGGCUGAGGCUGGAGCAGAAGUACGGCCACAUCAGACCCAUGACGCAGAGGAAGCUGCCCCCCUCCUUCUGGAAGGAGCCGGCGCCCAGCCCCCUGGGCCUGCUGCACCCCGGGACUCCCGACUUCAGUGACCUGCUGGCUAGCUGGUCAGUGGAGACCGGCCCAGAGCUGCCAGGCAGGGGCACCCAGGCCCUGGAGGGCGUGCAGCUGGCUGAGGCCUAG